GCCAACGUCAGUCAGUCGUCAGUGAACCGCGGUAGUGUUUUAUCUCUCGUCGUCUCUGUCGUCCGUCCGUUGGGUCGCUAACCACAACCGCUGAUCGACGUAUGACUGUAAUCUCAAGACGUCUCGCAUAGGAUCAAGUCACGCUUAUUUUUUUUUUUGUCUGCAACGAUCACAGACGAUCGUUGCCGAUUGCACAUAUUAUUAUUCAAUACUGCAACUGCAAUAUCUAAUCGCAUCAUUCGGGACAGCCGCGGCGGACGUAAGCAGCAGCAGCAGUAGUAUCGCGACGUCGCCGUCGUGAUAUUGCAGUCCAAUAUUAUUGGAAUCUCGUCGUUUCGAGCGGGACGACGGCAAUGAAAUUACAGGCGCGCUCGUCGGGCGGCAGCACGCCGUCGCCGCAAGGCCCGCUGAUGUCGCCGACGGCCGCUACCAGCGUCCGGUGGUCGCACCGGAACAGCGCGUUCUGUCCGGUGCGGUCGGCCGCCGCGGCCGCGGACACGCCCGCCGCCGAGAUGCCGUAUCCCGCGGUGGCCACCCCCGGCCACAGCAUGAUGCCGUACGGGUUUCUCAACGUGCCCAUGUCGCCGUACCUGUGGCCGCUCAUGAUGCCGUACUCGCCGCUGACCGCGCCCAGUCAGGCGUUCUGCGCCGCCAACACCGGCACCGCCGAAUACCAGCGCCAGCUCCAGCUGCAGAUCCAUCACAUGCACCGGCAGCAGCACGAACGGUUUCGGCAACUGCAGUUCUCGCCGGACAGGGCCAGCGUGGACGCGGCCGGUCAAACGCCCGAGAUGGCCAAACUCGAUGAAGUUUCUGAAACGCCAUUGAACUUGUGUAUCAAAAAGCGAAGUCAAGAAAUUUGGUCACCCGGAAGCUUAUGCGAGAAGGAAACGUCACCCGUAUCUGUAGCCCCGGAAACUUUAACAGACAAUGUUUUGGGAGUAGAGAGAUCUUUUCAGUGUCAGUUGUGCUACAAGACGUUCAAGCGUUCUUCCACGCUAUCGACACAUCUACUUAUUCACUCUGACACGAGACCAUAUCCUUGUCAGUUUUGCGGUAAACGGUUCCACCAGAAGUCGGAUAUGAAGAAACACACAUAUAUACACACUGGCGAGAAACCGCACAAGUGCGUGGUGUGUCACAAGGCGUUCAGCCAGUCGUCCAACCUGAUCACGCACCUGCGCAAACAUUCGGGCUACAGGCCGUUCCCGUGCGGCCUGUGCGACAGGGCGUUCCAGCGGAAGGUGGACCUGCGCCGGCACCGGGAGAGCGUGCACCCCGGGUCCCCGGCCGCCCAACAGUACCACAUCACCAGCACCACGGCCGCGGUGGCCGAGCACCCGACCGCCGCGACGACCGUCGCCACCGCGCCGCAACCGCAGGCGGCCCCGUCCACCGCGGUCGUCGCGGCCGCGGCCGCCGGCACGGCCGCCGUCGACGCCGGUACGGUCGUCAGCUAGUGGACGCCGCGUCCGCGGGCCGCUCGUUCUCGUCGUGCGCCGAGUCCACUGCCGCCGCCGCACUAGUCCCGUACCGCGGCGGGCCUGGACGCCGCCGACGACGACAGGACGACGACGCGCCAACUCUCCAAAGACUAUAUAUAUAUAUGUAUGAUUGUAUAUAAUAAGAGAUAUUAUUUGAAAAAAAAAAGCUAUUCUAUAUAAUAUAAUACCAUUUAUAAUAUGCGAUAAAAUAUGGUUUGUUUCAACGCGCGGUGAAUCAAUCGUGGAUCGGUCGGCAACUAAUCCAAAAUUUCGCGUUGGAACAAGGUUAGGUUAUAAAUCGUUUAUCUACGCGCAGCUUCCCCGCCGCCGACGAGUCGAAAAAACGAAUCCGAAAAACCACCGCUCGGGGAGGCGCCCCCGGGUUUUCAGAAUUUUGUCGGAUCGUCAUCAGUCAUCACACUAUCGUCUACCCGUUCGAGAGAGGGCCCGUCCGAACACGCGCUGCAGGAAAUCAUGACGACGAAAUCGACGAUUAGCGUUUUUAAACAGCAACACGACGAUGGCCGCGACGGAUACGACACAACACGCUCCUCGUAUUAAACGAAUUACGAACGGCUGCCGGUCACCCCGACCUGCCUCGGGACUUGGGUGAGUUUUAGCAUAAGUAAAACAAUAAUGUCCGUUCGCCUCGGUCGGUGCAAGUCUUUCGGGACGCGUCUCCGACUCGUAAACGUGGCACGUUUGAUACCGAAAAUCGCGUGUAACUACAUCCAUAAUACUGCAACGAAGGACGAGGAUUCGACAAGUCGUGUUUUAUGAUGGUUAUCGACUGCCGAGAGAACCAAUAUCGUGAACAUAUUAUUAUAAUUAUUAUUUAUAUAGUCAACACACCAUUUAUUAUUAAUAUUAUUAUUGUACAUAAUUAUUAUUUUAACGUCGAGUCAUAUUAUGUGUAUAUCGAAAGUAUAAAUUAUUAUAGUUCAUUAUCUGCCACGUAUAGAAUACAAACGCCUGCCGUACAUCGUAGCGGAUAUGCGAGCAUCUCUAGUCCGUCCACACGUUUACCAUUCGAUUUUCUACGAGUGUGCAGAAUCGUGUAAUAUAUUAUAACGUUAUAGCCUCCGUGUUAGGUACUUUUUUUUUUCUAUAAUCAUAUUAUGUUAUUAUUUAGAUGCGUCCGAAACCGCACGCCGGGCAGUCGGCGAGUAUAGUAAACGCAGCUUGAUUAUUAUUAAUAUUAAUAAUUAAUAAUAUUAUAUACACGCAUUCACCCCAAAUAAAAUAUUUUUUAUUAUAUUAAUAUUUCAAUUGCAUUCUGCAGCGUAUUAUUGGCUAUCGUAUCGAUAUUACAAUAUGAUUACUCCGUACAGGCGUAUCUUUCGCAGCGUCAUUAUAAUAGUACGGCAAAUUUAUUAAAAGAAACCAUUUUAAGUUUUACGGUGGUGCGAGUUUUUUUCCGAAAUAAUUAUUUAUUUAUAUAUAUAUAUCAUAGCGAAGAAGAAAAAAACGUACACCGCGCAGCACUUAAAACGAUAAUAAAAUACCCGACACACAUUUCACGGUUUCGAUCAUUUUUUUACAUAAAUUUUUUUUUAUUUACACCUGUCCUUCUCUGCAGUGGAGGGCACGUGCCGCAUUAUUAAUUAUUUUCCCGGCGCCGCCAUAUAAUAUAUAAUCGGCGUUGAUAUUAUUUUUACCGUUACAAUUAUUAUUUUAACGUACAUCGAGCUCAAUGCAAUUGACGAACAAUCCGUAAUACUAGCAUUUGUCAUAAAUCUUAAUAAUUCUAUACGCCGUGUUCUAUAACAAUUACCAAAUUGCCACUAUACACUAUCGGUUUACUUCAUGUUAACAAUUAAACAAAACCAUAAUAUUGUACACGUCGUGUUAUCGUUGUGAUUAUUAUUAUGUAUAAUGCGUUUUUGUUUUAUGCUAGCUUUAAGAAAGUGAUAAUUAAAAAUCAAGAAACAACAAUAUCAAGUAAUACAAUAUUUUACACAUUCUGUUGUCGUUCUUAAUCAUAUUUUAUUAUAUUUGACUAAUUAAUAAUUAUUAUUAUUAUUAUAUUGAUAUUGAUAUUAUUAUGUUCGUACCUCACCGUUGUCCGUAUACACCAGUGAUUUUUAAAUAACAUCACGAUACGUGACGGUCGGUAAUUUUAUUAAACUUUAUGUAAGACAUUAUUUUGUUCCUUUUACUAUAAUUUUUUUUUUUUAUAUAUCGAUUUGUUUUGUUUUACUCUUUGUUUUCUUUUUUU